AUACUACGCAUUUUGUUCUUGUUGACUUUAUUACAUAAUGUUCUUGUAAAUGGCCAAAUCUAUGAUGUUCUUAAAUUUGGUGCCAAGGGAGAUGGUGUCUCCGAUGAUUCAAAGGCUUUUGUCAAAGCAUGGAGUGUUAUGUGUGGGUGUGGUGGAAAUAAUAGCACACUCCUUAUUCCUUCGAACAAAACAUUCUUACUACAACCUCUUAUAUUCCAAAGGCCUUGUAUAUCUCCUUCCGUACAAGUUAAGUUUGAUGGAAAGAUCGUUGCGCCUAUAAAUAAAGCAGCAUGGUUGAAAUAUAAGUUGUUAAGAUGGGUUAGUUUUACCGAAAUCAACGGUUUAACAAUUAUUGGUUCGGGAACAAUUCAUGGACGUGGUUCAUCAUUUUGGGAGCCAAGAAUGUCACCUUCAAAACGGCCUACUCAAUUGCAUUUUCAAAGAUGCAAUGAUCUCAAGAUAAUUGGAAUAACUUCAUUCAACAGUCCGAAAAAUCAUAUAUCGAUUAACGAGUGCAAAAGAGUUACAAUAACGGAGAUUAAACUCGUAGCUCCUCACGAUAGUCCUAAUACUGAUGGAAUUGAUAUCUCUGAAUCAAGUAAUAUUGAUAUUUACGACACCGUUAUUGGAACAGGAGAUGAUUGUGUAGCGAUAAACAAUGGAAGUAUGAAUAUCAAUAUCACAAGAAUGAAUUGUGGACCUGGCCAUGGAAUAAGUGUGGGAAGUCUAGGAAGAGAUGGAGAACAAUCUAUGGUUGAAAAUGUCCAAGUGACUAAUUGCACUUUCUUUAGGACAGAUAAUGGAGCUAGAAUUAAGACAUGGCCGAAUGGAAAAGGAUACGCAAGAAAUAUACUUUUUAAAAGCCUCAAAUUCACUGAAACCAAAAAUCCGAUAAUAAUUGACCAAAAUUAUGUAGAUAAGGGUCGCAUAGACGUGGAGGAAUCAGCAGUAGCAAUUAGUAACGUGACAUUUACAGAUAUUAGUGGAACGUCAUGGUUUGAUGAGAUUAUAAAGUUAGAUUGCAGCAAAGUCACAUAUUGCAAAGACAUUGUUCUUGAUAAAAUCGAUAUCGCUACGACUGAUGGAAAUACGCCAAUUGUUCAAUGCACUAAUGUGUAUGGAAAGUCUAUAAAUGCUCACGAGGUCGAUGGUUGUUUCAAAAGAUAG